AUGUCCGCAAUUGUAACAAAGUACGUUGCAGACCACAAACUCAAUAAAGAAAUAAGUAAUGAAGAAUUUAGCCAACACACCCCAGCAUUACUUGAGCUUUUAACAGAUAGAGUGAAAAGAAAUAAGGGUCGUCAGCGUUUUCAAGAAGGAUAUGGUUUUAGCAAAGAACAGACGUUUUUAUUAAUCUCUUCUCAAAGAACUGGUCGAAGUAAAAGUCAAGAAAUCUCCAAAGAAGAGGG